ACACUCAGUGAACCAAAGAUUUCUAAUUAAGACCACCAUUUCAUACGAUGGCACACAUUCAGUACAUGGACGGUUUGAUUCGAGAAUAUAUUCUGUUUCGAGGAUUCUCCAACACACUGAAGGUGUUCGAAAGUGAGCUGAAGGGUGAUAAGGACAAAAGCUUCCGUGUUGAUAAAGUGAUCGAUCAGAUAAUGCUGCUGAUACAUAAUCACGAUCUACUUGGUUUGCGUGAACUGUGGGAAUCAUUGAAUAAUCAUUUGUUCCGCCAUUUGGAGCACCAUUUCGCCACCGCGGUCAUCAAAUUGGAGCAAUCACUGCUGAAAUUCUACCUUAUCGUGGCGUAUACAUCGAACAAGGCUGAUAAAGUUACAGAAUUUUUUACCAAACUAUCGCCCGAACUGGUCACCCAGACGGAAUGGAAGGAGUGGUUCUUUUUCCCGUUUUGUAAAAAUCCAGAAGACCACGCAGCGUUUGCCGUAUGCUUCACGAAGCAAUGGCAGGACACGCUGCUCAUCUCGCUGCACAAUUUUCUCUCCACCAUUUACCAGUGCAUGCCACAGCCCGUCCUAUCGAAGGCCGAAUCGGAGGGUUGUUUGAUAAAAAAGCUGCAAGAGGAGAAUGCCGCUUUACGCAGCAAAUUGGCCAGCAUCCAGCAGCAGCAGCAGCAACAGUACCUUCAGUCGACCGGAUCCGGUAGUCACCAUUCGCGACUUAGCGCAUCGUCCAGCGGUGAUCAGCGUCUGACGGCGGACGGACGGAUCCGCUACUCCACCCGAUCGUCGUCCAGCAUGCAGUCGUUGAGCGAUCUGCAACCGUUUGGUAUUCCGCCUCCGACACACAUCGUCGAUGACUUCUACAUCAUUGCGCAGGAAUCGAACAGCAUAGGUAAUGCGGCGGAAAAUCAGGCGCGGGGCCUAAAAUCGUUGAUCAGAAACAUUAGCUCAGGUGGAAGUCCGGUUCUCGGGCGACGUGAUACGGCUCUCGAACGGAACAAGAAACGGUCCGGAAGCGUAGGAAGUCGCAGUAAUUGGAUUCACAGUUAGACGCUGUGUUAGGCACAUAACUUACAUAACAUACAUACCAUUUCGCGAAAUGAAACCAUUUUAUAAUAUUGUACAAAUAUUAACCUAUCGAAUAAUAUAGCCAAUAUGAUAUCAGUUUGGACGCAAAAUUGAGUUGAGUGCCCAGUCUCUCCAUGUUAUGUGAUUCCACAUUUUUAAAUGCUUUAUUCACGGUUAAGUGCGUUUUAAAAUACUGUUUUGAAUGCGUUACGCAGCAAGGCUACCCGAACGAGGGCCGCGCACAUUGAAUGCAAAUACCUACAACUACUGAAAGGCCACUGACCAAUCGUUGAGAUUCUCGAAAGGCGUCACCUGCACAAUGCAAAGCGGCUUUGCUGCUGUUUAAUGUUAUGUAUAUCGGGUGUCGGUAAAUAUUUUCGUUGACUCGUGGGUGUGCAAAUGUUAAUGUUUCUUAUCAGUAACACUUAGGUUUUUCGACAUGCUUUUUAGGCACCACCGAUUAGGGCGCACAGUGCACGCUUGUAGUCACCGGAACACUCGUUCUGCAAAGGAAAGGGUAGCAUAAAAGGGAAUUGUAUUAGUCAACUAUAAUGCUGGUAGUGCGUUUUGAGGGCAUUGGUUGCUAAAGGACAAUAGGUUUUAUUAUUACGCAACACACAAGAAUUCCUUCUUGUAGCAACGUAGCUCUGGAGUGCUUUGAAAUUGUAUUAAAUGAAAUU